GAGGAGCAGCAGAAAAGGGAGGUUAUGAUGAAGAAAAACAAAUUAAGAGGCAAGAGAAUAUUUAUCGAUAACGAUUUAACGAAAAGAGAGAGAGAUAUUCAGAGAGAAAUUGCGCAAGCAGCUAGAGCAGAAAGAGAUCAGGGUGCACAGGUCAAAAUCGGGUACAAGAAACUGAAAGUAAAUGAGAAGAUAUUCAAAUGGAAAGAAGAAGGAAAGUUCGAGGAGGUAAAAUUUUGGAGCAGGAGAACCUCUGCGGACCUCGCGAAUUAGCGAAGAGGCCCGGAGAGAUGGGAGGGAAGCAGAAAAAAGUGAAAAUCCGCCCUCUCUCGAAGUCUGCGAAAGCAGACGCGAGAAGAGAGGCGGGUCAAUCAGGAGAAAAGGAUGGACGAAAAGAAGAAGAAAUGGAGGAAGAAAACUUUCUUAAGAUGUGUUUUUGGAAUGUUGCAGGUUUAUACAAUAAGGACAGACAAUUCUGGAAAUACAUAGAGAGAUUUGACUUUGUAGGAUUAACAGAAACAUGGGUUGACGAAACACAAUGGGACAAAAUAGAAGGGAUACUACCAGAUACAUUUAUAUGGAGAUGUCAACUUGCGACAAAAGAGAAGAACAAAGGAAGGGCGAGCGGAGGAAUAAUAACGGGAGUCAGAAAAGGUUUAAAGGAGGAAGAGUUGAAAGAAGAUGAAAGGGGUAUACAAAUAAGGAAAAUUUGGCUAAACAACAAAACGCUAAAAAUUUUGACGUUAUAUAGUAGAGAGAUGAAGAAAACAAGAGACAACUUGGAAAAACUGACUGGAAGUGCAAAGGAGGAGAGAUUGAUAGUGGGAGGGGACUUCAACGCAAGGACGGGAACAGAAGGAUCGUUCUGUGGCGAAGAAAAAGAGGAGAGAAUUUGGAGAAAAUCCAGAGAUAAAUUGAGAAAUAACGAAGGGAUAAAGCUAUUAGAGAUGAUAGAAGAGAAUGGAUGGGAAAUUUUGAAUGGAAACAUGGAAGGAGACGAAGAAGGCGAUUACACUUUCAUCGGUGGAAAGGGAAGCUCAGUAAUAGAUUAUGUUAUAGUAGAUUCGGAGAUAAAGGACGAAGUGAAGAGCUUCAAAAUUGGGACAAGGACAGAAUCGGACCAUUUUCCGAUGGAAGUAGAAGUCUACGGAGAAAGAAAGGUGAAAGAGCAGGAAAGAAGAAAAGAGGAACAAUGGAAAGAGAAA